AUGCCGAACUUGAACAAGUCGGAACAGAGUGGUCGAAUGGUCGAUCACAAGACCUCCGACCCUCUGGGGGCAACUACUACGGAGACCCCAAAGUCCCUGGCCGAGAAGAAUGAGGGCACCACCAAGACCAUCCUAUCUUCGUCAGAUGACUCGAGUGAUGAUGAUGAUCUGAUCAUCAUGUCGACUAACAGCAGCAGCGCGCAGAUUACAACAUCGGCGGAUGUUGUCGGUGCUCUCGGUGCGACGUACGCCCCCGCCGUCAACGGUGUUCGGUGCUUCCUCUCCUCCGAGGACGAGUACGCCGAGCUCUUGCAGUCUGACCUCCUCCUCCAAGAGACCUGCUUCGAGAAGUACCGCUACAAGCUAGUGAACAAUUAUGCUCGACGUCCUUACGGAGAGCGCCGCGUUCCGGGCUCCCGGAUCACCCUCCCCACCGUCACCAGUCUCCGCACCCGUCCCCACCACCAGGAACAUCAGCAGCAGCAGCAGCCGUGCGCCCUCUCCGUCGUCCGCUCCAAGCACAAGCCAGCAACCGAGCCCGCCAACUGCUUGCAGCCGGCCGAGGCUACGAUCAGCUCUGGGGACGGCAGCUCUGUGCACCCGUUGACGAUCGACGUCGACGAUGAAGAAUAA